CCACUUAACCUUCAUUCACUACCCAAAAAAACUCAAAAAUCCCAUCAAAACCAAACCCCACUCUCUUCCCCCUCCCAUGGCUCCGGACCUAAACAACGCCGCCUCUCCCACCGACCGCGAGAAGCAGAAGAAUCUCGACCAAGAGGUUCGAGAGAUGAUCUCCACCCUCACCAGCCGCUUGGGCAGCAUCCAACGCUCCCACGCCCAAGCCGACGACGACGAGCAAGGCAUGAGGAUGAUCACGCUGGCCGGGACCAACCUAGGCGCCACCAUGCGCGGCGACCUAGACGACAAGGCCACCGCCCCUCAGCUGGAGCAGGAGGACUCGGCCUCCUACGUCGUCAACAGCAACUUCCAAGCCAUCAACAACUCCAUCAUGCUCGGCGGCAGCUACAAGACCAACGAUCCCGGCGUUCAUUUGGACAUCACUGACUACGUCGACCACAAUGACGGCGACAAGAAGGGGAAGAAGAGCAGGAGAGGGGGCCACGACGGCGGCCACCACCAUGGCAAACGCUCCGACAACCUUAGCGACACGGAGAGUGAGAAGAACUGAGAGAGAUCGGUCGACAUUGCGCACCAUAUAUAUGUGUGUGUGUUUAUGUGCACUAAAUAAAUAUUGAUUGUUUAAUUUCUAUCCUUUUCGAGUGCCUUGAUCAUUUGUGUCUUCAUUUCGGUUAUUUUUAUGAAUGACUAUUUUUCAAUAA